CUUGAUAUAGUCUAUUCACAAUAGCACAUUAAUGUUUGCAGAAGACUUAAAUUAUCCUUUUUUCCUUUUAUAUUUUAUUUAUCAAUGCGUGAACGUCAACUAAAAAUCGAAAGUUCACAUACAUAAUUACGGUAUAGGAUUAAAUAGUAAACAUGGAUCAUAGGAGCCUUCAUGCACCUGUCGACUUCAAUAAGUCUGUUGCUGAGAUGACGCCCGAAGAAAAAUUAAGAUAUGACCACCAGAUGAUGCAUGAGAAACACAAGGGCCACGAAGCAAUGCAUUCAGAAAUGGUACUCGUAUUAUUCAUUACAUUAAUUGUGGCUCAAAUCGCUUUGGUACAAUGGAAAACGAAACACUAUAGAUCCUAUUCUGCAGUGACAUUGCUGGCAAUGUGGGUCAUACCGUUGGGCAUAUCUUUCUUUUACGGUUGGAUACGUUUUAUAAUCAUUUGGUCGAUAUUUUCCACGAUUACAGCAAUAGUAAUAAGAAAAGCUAUUAGUAAACCCAUAGAGGGAACAACUCCAAGACUGGUAUACAAAUGGUUUUACUUCAUAUACAAACUAAGUUAUGGACUUGGAAUCGUCGGUUAUCUGAUAAUGAUGGCCACAUUUCUAGGUUUUAAUUUUAUUUUUAAUCAAGCUCCAAAUGUUUGGAUGGAUGUGGGUUUAAUGUUUGUUUUCUAUGGCCUUUAUAUUGGCGUUCUGGGAAGAGACAUAUCAGAAAUCUGCUCAGAGAAAAUGGCGUCAUUAGUUGGGUACUAUACACCACAAGGUAUUCCCACCAGACACUUGGAAGAGAAUGUGUGUGCCGUGUGUGGUAAUCUGCUCUUAGUUAGUGAAAAAGAAGAAGGCAUUAUUGAGAAUACAUAUAAAUUAUCUUGCAAUCAUGUAUUUCACGAAUUUUGUAUACGGGGUUGGUGUAUUGUGGGCAAAAAGCAAACAUGUCCCUACUGCAAAGAAAAGGUGGACCUAAAGAAAAUGUUUUGCAAUCCCUGGGAACGCCCUCAUGUUCUUUAUGGACGUCUUUUGGAUUGGAUUCGGUUUUUGGUUGCCUGGCAACCGCUUAUAUUUUUCAUUGUCCAAGGCAUCAACUAUGCUCUAGGCUUAGAAUAGUCAACAUUUUCCUCAACUUCUAGUCAAGAUAGUUAUACACAUUCGAACACGUACACAAACAUAAAUAUAGUAAACUAUGUUCUUAAUGCCAUUUUGUUUUGUUAUUUUUUUGUUUAUUUGUUUGUUUGAGUGUCCUCUAAUUAAAUAAGUGAGAUUUUUCAUGCCUACCGUUGCAUAUCGAACGGGAAAAAAUUUGUAACAAAAACGUAAAAUUAAUAGUAAGAAGCUUCACAUUGAAUUUGUACCAAAACAGAGUUUAAUUUUAUUUUGUACAAAAGAAAUAUUUAAAAUAAAAUAUAGCGUAAUAAUGCCUUCGAA